AUGGCCGACGAAGUGCGGAAACGAGAGAUGAGCGACAGAGACGAGAUGGCAGGCAGCGCUUCAACAUCUCCUGGCGGGGCCUACGAGCCAUGCAAAGUCGUGCUGCUCAUGGGGCCUCCUGCCAGCGGUAAGUCGACCUUGGGGGAGAACUUGUCCAAGCAUUUCAAAGGCAAACACAUUGAUCUCGGUGUCACCCUGCGGGAAUUUUCGAGUCGGCCUCCAGAAGCCAUCCUGGUCGAGGCCCUGCGUCAAGAGAUGGAGGAGGCAGUCCGCACAGUUGCUGCGAAACCUGCCCACUUCGUGUUUGUAAAUGGCUUCCCUCGCAUGAUGGACGGUUUUCGGUUCUGGCAGAACCACUCAGAUGUGGUGAAGCCUUCCUUGGUUUUGGUUCUCGAAGCUCCUGAUGACCUCCUAAAAGAAAGAGCCGAGCAAAGAGGGCGGGAGGGAGACGAGAAGUUUGAGGAAAGGCUCGGAUUCUACAGGAUGAGCACGGAGCCGGUGAUCGCUGCAUUCCGCAAGGCCGGGAUCACGCGGCAGAUCGAUGCCACAGGGAGCCCUCAGCUUGUCUCAGGAUCUGCAGGGUUUCACAUGCAACCUUCUUUGGUGUUUGCCUGCGGUGACCCGAAACUUUAUGGCGCUGUAUGCCGACAGGCAGUUGCAAGGCUGGGGACUCGUCUGAAGCACAUCAACGUCGACCGCAUCCGCGAAGCCGUAGGCAGCAAGUUCGUGGCUGCCGAAAUCUUCAAGGAGGUUGCGAUGUAUGGACCUUGGGGAAGCCCGAUCCUCCUAGAAGGUUUUCCACGCGACCUGGAAGAGCUCAAGACCCUUUCCGAAGACGGUCUGGUGACUUUGGAUUUCAACUCAGGCCUCGUCUUUUCGGGGAAUUUUGUGCGAUCCUUCCAAGACGCGGAGCUUGGCUCUGUGGAUGCAGUGGUGAAGCUGCUGCAAUGCUGCCAACCCUUGCAGGUGUCACCGAUUUUCUCGGCCGUUGGGCUUCUGAAGAGUUGGAUGGACGCUGCCCGGCACAUGCCGUGGUGGGAUUUCUCUUUCUUCCUCUCCGAGGCCCAGCCCAGCUACUUGGCGUACAUGCGGCAAGAAUCAGCCAUAGCAGCGCGACACCCUGCUGGAGAUGCUGGCUACAUGCGGCCCUCUGUGAGCCCUCCGAUGGAUGCUUGGCUUUGUUGGUUCACCCAUCAGCUGCAUACGGACGACUAUGCUGGCUUUUGCCAGCGGCUGGCUGGGGUUGGGCUCGGUGUGGGACCAUUGCCUCCGGCUACAUCGGCUACGUGGAAGGCAAGGGAAGAGAAGGCUACAGCAGUGGAGAAGCCCAGAGAGGCCGACUCUCAGAUCUCAAUGGAAGCAGAUGCGUUAGUCAACGUUCCCACAGCCUUUGUCCUUGCAUUUGCUGCCUUUGAAGAAGCUGGCCUUUCACCUCUCAGUGAUCCGAGAGCUGUCGUCUGCCUGAUGGACAAGCCUGCAGCCAAGGAGCCAGACUUGAUGUCGAGGUUUGUCAAGCUCCUGCAUGUAUUUUACAGGCGCUUUUGGAUCAUCAUGGGUGAGGCGGGGCCAAAGAGCCUAACCGGGCCUGCCGUGGAGAUGGACUGGAUAUGGCACGCCCAUAUGACGCACCCCCUGUAUUCUGAAGAUUGCCGGCGCAUAUUUGACCAUCUGCUCCCUCAUGUGCCCUGCAAGCCUGGAGAGUCUGAGCCUAUACGCAGCUCACCGAAAGACGCAGGUCGAGUCGCCAUGUCACAGUUAAACGAGCUGCUGCGCUCUCAGCUGCGUGACCUAGCGCAGUCUCAACAUCUCCAGGACGCCUUGAAGUGGGAGUCUAAGCACACUGAAGCGGACGAUGCCGUUGCCCUCGGCUGCUUUAUUCCAGGUGGAGACCGCACUUGGCUGGCAGAGAAACUGAGGUCAGCUGGCGGGCGACUUGGGCAAGCCUUCCUGAAGUCUCUCCGAGACCCAGGGGCCUGGACCUGCCCAAGCCCGACACAGAACGGGUUGGGAGGAGAUUCCAUGAAGCUCAGUGUGAGCGUGCAGCUCAUGUCUGGCGACAAGGUUUUUGACCGUGUCAUGUCAAAGACUAGCACGGUGGCUGAGCUCGCAGCCCUCCUCCGUCAAGAGGGGGAAUCAGAGGACCUGAAGUUCUUCGUGCAGGGCACGGAGGUUCCUGCUGAUGUUCGUUUGGGUGACACGCAGGUUGCCCGUGGCUCUGUGGUGCAGCUGGUGCGAAUCAAACGGCCACCGCCAGUGGUUACAAGACGUACAUCCAGCCCAGACUGGAACCGUAUUCCCUGCACUUGCUUUACGGACUUUUGUGAGUUCCAUGUCCUGGCCGCUUCUGGCCAAAAUACACUCAAGUUCAUGCGAGACCUGCGAGAGGGGGACAUGGUGCGGACAGGAUCCUCCGUUGAAAGCGAGAAAUACCGGCAGAUCAGCAGGUUGGCCAUCCGGUGCGAGUUAACGGCUCCUGGUGCCGCCCCGAGGUUCUUCCAGCCCUCAGUGGGAAAAGCUUUUAGAACUCAGGAGUUCAUCUUCGUGGAGUGGGCAAAUGAUGGGCCGCCUGUCAAGAGUAGUUACUCGCCCAUCCCGUUUUUGCUUCUUGCAUUCUUGAAGGCGCUGAGGAUAGGGCUGAGGCGGUCUGCGCUUUGGGCUGCAGUCGUGAAGACCAGUGAUGCUUCAGUUAGCCGCAGUGCCGAGGAGAACAAGCUGUUCGUGGGUUCCCUACCCCCCGACAUCCAGAAGGAGGAGAUCGAGUUUGUCUUCAAGACGUAUGGUACUGUCACGGAUGUUCAUGUCAUCGCUGGUGACAGCAGCUUUGGUCUACAAGUGUUGGCCCCAGGUGCUGUGAAGAAUCGGGACAGACAGCAUUUUAUGAUCCGGGAAGAUGCAGAGAAUGCCAUCCAGGUGAAUUGGGCAAGAUCAAGCAAGGGAGGUGGAAAAGAUGGAGGAAAAGGCGGCGGUGGCGGCGGCGGCGGCUGGAGCAACGGAUAUGGCAAGGGCGGCCUCGGCGAAUCUUGGGACAGCUGGGGCAAGGGAGGCUGCUAUGGAGGCAAAGGCGGUGGUGGCGGCUGGGAUGAUGGCAAAGGUGGCAAUGGCAAAGGUGGGACGAGGCUUUUCGUAGGCAACUUGCCCCCGGAUGUCACCGAUGACCAGCUUCAGUACGUCUUCAAAGCAUAUGGCAACGUGCUCAAGACUUUCAUCAUGUCCGGGAAGUCAAAGAGUGGCCAAAAUUGCGCCUUUGUAGAGUACGAGCUGUUCGACGAGGCAGAGACAGCAAUACAGACAUUGCACGAGAAAUAUGAGAUCAAGCCAGGUGAUGAGAACUCGCCCCUGUCGUUCAUACUGGGCAACAGUUUGGACACGGCAGUCAAGUAUGGUCUUGACACGGGCUUCGGCUUCAUCCAAACAGUGUGCGCUAUCAUCGGGACGGUUACUGUGACACGCGCUGCAAAGCGGGCAAUGUAUCCCCAAGCACACCCGGUUGAGCCUUUGUUCAAUCGACUUCGCAUGGAAGGCGGCCCAUUGCCACCGACAUCGCAGCACGUAUGGUUUUCCACCGAUCCUUACAAGCUUCUGAGACACAAUCGGAUUGUCGUCCUGCAGGGAGAAUGCCAAAGUGGCAAGACUAUGCUGCUGCGCACUGCUAUACCAUGGUCGAGACGCUGGACCAUUUGGCCCUUAAGCUGGAUUUGCUGGCGAGGCUUGUACAUGAAUGGUGGCGAAGCGCAUCGCCAAGACAGCUUCGGACAGUGGAUCACUUUCCAGAUGUUCGGCACUCUCGUGAAAGGUGGCUCGGAGGUCAAGCAAUGUGUCUGGGCUUACAGGAAGCAGCAAUGGUUCUGCCUCCUGAUGGAGAAGCUACGAAUUCCACUACCACUUCUGCUACCUAAGCCGGUGUUCGUCAUUGUGGACAAUUUUGAAGAGGUUCUGCGGAAGUAUCCGGAACAAGCCAUGGCUUGGGCCGACGCGAUCGUCCACAGCCACAGCCGGAACAACUACGCCCGCGUCAUGUUCGUGGUGAACUCUGACUACGGUGCCGAAUCCCUGCUGAAUCUUGCCACUCGUGGUGUGCAUUUCGAAAGAAUUUACAUGGAGCCUCCCAAAGAAGACUGGAGGUAUGCACGCGCAGACAAGGAGCUGCUGAAGCAGUGUGGCUGCAAUGUCGGCCUGUACUGGAUGGUUCUACGGCAACUACGCAAUGGAAGCCUUGACCGGUGUGAGGUUGACCAGUUCGUCAAGGAAACCCGUGCUCGCUGGAAGCGAGACUUCAGUGUCCCGUUUCCUGUUUGGCCACAUCAGUCGUGGUUCAACUUACCGCUGACACAGGCGAAGUGCGAGCUUGUCAAAGGCUUGGCCGUGCUCUUGAAGUCUGAAUACAGGACGCCAGAGCAGAAUUUCAUUCGCGUGAACAAGAUUCUGGAGGUCGUGAUUCCUCAGUUGGAGCUGUUGGACUCGACGCAACUCUUCGACACCUCGAUUGGCGACUGGACCAGGUACAGCACAGCUACGGGUGAAACCCGGGAAGGGUCCGAGAUUUCCCGACAAAUCGCUUCUGGAGACCAAAGGUGGUUCGUCCUGCAGUAUUUUGCCCCUUCAUGCAGGUCUCUUUCCAACGAGGGCACGAUGAAGGCUCCCAGUCAAGCCUUCAUCUCGCAUGCGAAGAUUUAA